AUGAGGUUCAUUAGCAUAUCGGUGAACUCUGUCUGGGUAUACCUGGCUGCGUUAUGGUGCUUCAUCGGCACCCAGGUAGAUGCGAUUGAGCUUGAUGUCACUGAUGAAGACAGCAUCAAAAACGUCGCCAGCCAACUCGCCUGGGACCUCGUCAGUUUCUACACCGGCAACAACACAGGAGACGUACCCGGGAACCUCCCAGAUCCAUACUACUGGUGGGAAGCAGGAGCUUUCUUUGGGACAUUGAUCAAUUACUGGACCUACACCGGCGACACGACAUACAAUGAUAUCACCAAGCAAGCAAUCCUGCACCAAGCAGGCGAGAACGGCGACCUCAUGCCGACGAACCAGACCCGGACUGAAGGGAACGAUGACCAGGCUUUCUGGGCAUUCACGGCCAUGAUGGCUGCGGAGUCCAAUUUCCCUAAUCCGGAAGAGGAUAAGCCAUCAUGGCUAGCGAUGGCGCAAGCCGUGUUUAACGAACAAGCUGCGAGAUGGGAUAUGGAAACCUGCAAUGGAGGGUUGAAAUGGCAGAUAUAUUCAUUCAACAGCGGAUACGAGUACAAGAAUGCUAUUUCGAACGGCUGUUUCUUCGAUCUCGCGGCACGGCUGGCACGGUAUACGGGCAAUAUCACCUAUGCGGAAUGGGCAGAGAAUACCUGGGACUGGGCUGAAGCCGUGGGACUGCUUGGGGAGAAAUACCAAGUUUAUGACGGGACGAGCGAGACGAACAAUUGCUCGGAUAUCAACCAUAUACAGUGGACGUAUAACAAUGGGGUGUUUUUGCACGGAGCAGCCCAUAUGUGGAAUUUGACAAACGGAGCCCAGAAAUGGGAGAAGCGAAUCACCGGUCUACUCAACGCACAACACGUCUUCUUCUCCAAGAACCAAACAUCAAAGAACGUCAUGUACGAAUCCGCCUGCGAGCCCCAAGAAGCGUGCACCACCGACUCGACCUCCUUCAAAGCAUACCUAGGCCGGUGGAUGGGCGACAUUGCCAAAAUCGCACCCUUCACGUACGACACCGUCGUCUCUCGUCUGCGACCCAGUGCAAAGGCUGCGGCAGCGCAGUGCCUUGGUGGCGAUACAGGAACAUACUGCGGUACCAGCUGGACUAAGGGGUCCUAUGAUGGAACUAUGGGUGUUGGCCAACAAAUGUCCGCUCUGGAAGUGAUCCAGGCCAAUCUACUGGACACGGUUGGGGGCCCGUUAACGGAUAGAACUGGUGGAUCGAGUGACGGCGAUAGUUCUGCCGGGACAGGAAGGACUUCCGCUGAGCUGCCGGGGCAGUGGAGACCGCUUACGCUGAAGGAUAGAGCGGGUGCAUGGGCUGCGACAGGCGGGCUGGGAACAGUGGUUAUUGGGUAUACGAUAUUUAUGUUUUUUUGA